AAAACGCAGGAUUCUGCGUCGUUUCUCUCUCUCCAGGUGUCAGAGAUCCAGUGGAGAGAGAGAGAGAGAGAGAGGAGGAGAGAUGGAAGACGACGAGGAGAAGGUGAAAAAAGAGGCGUUGGAGAUAAUCGGGCAAUUCCAGGAGCUGCCUCGCUUGGUCGUCUUCGAUCUCGAUUACACUCUAUGGCCUUUUUACUGCGAGUUCUACUAUGAAGAUGAUACGCCAUAUCUGUAUCCACAUGCUAUGGGCAUAUUAAAAGCGCUAAAGGAGAAGGGAAUUGAGUUGGCUAUUGCUUCUAGAUCGCCUACUUCGCAGAUUGCCAAAGUAUUUCUUGUUAAAUUGGGAAUCGACUCCAUGUGUGUGGCCCAGGAAAUUUUCUCCAGCUGGACUAACAAAACUGAGCAUUUUCAAAGGAUCCAUAGGAGGACUGGACUGCCUUUCAGUUCAAUGCUCUUCUUUGAUGAUGAGGAUAGGAAUAUUGAAGCUACAUCAAAGAUGGGUGUAACUAGCAUCUUGGUUGGAAAUGGGGUAAAUCUUGGAGCGUUGAGGCAAGGACUAUCAGAAUUUUCUCAAAAGUCGGGGUGUUGUAGCAGGAACAGUAAGGAUUGAACUUUUUGUUAGUCAUAUAAAUAUCAUCUCAUCGUUUUCAAAUCAGGCUGAUUUAUGAAGAAGAUGCCCUUGCUGUGAUGUCUAGAAAUUCACAGGUAAAAUUUAUGUGGCUGAUGAUAAUACAACAAUAGAAUCAUUGAUUUGAUGGAUUGAGUUCAUGUCUAUCAGUUGAUUUAGAGUUAUGAAACAAUAUUUAUUUUGACAUGUGAUUAGUGGUGAACCCAACAAAAUCAAGAAGUCUCUCAUUUCUA